AUGGAGUUUUCCUGUGCUGAACUCUGGGCUCUGGCCGCAGUAAACUGCUCCCUCAGCACCCUUCUGGAAAGCCUGGCCUUCAUGAGCAAACUCGGGCGGGGGCGGUGCCUGGGCGAUGCACCAAUCACAGCGCACCCUGCCCUAUAUAAGGCCCUGCGACUCUUCAGGCGUUUCACGCCGGUCGCUGCAUGUUAUUUCUUGUUGUGCGAUGUGGCUAUCUCUGAGACUGCGCCUGCAGCCUCAGUGAAACUUGUUGUGACUUCUAUGGAGAAAUCGUCAGUUAAGAAACGAGGAAAGAAGCCAAGUGGCUUGACUGUUGUAGGCCGCAAGGUUCCGGGUCUGUCUGUGUCAAAGUUAAUCACUGACGCUCUGUUACUGUCUCAAGAGAGAGGGGGUAUGUCGUUGGCUGCGCUCAAGAAGGCGCUGGCAGCCGCUGGCUACGACGUGGAAAAGAACAAUAGUCGCAUAAAAUUAGGUCUGAAGAGUUUAGUGAGCAACGGCACUCGGGUACAGACCAGGGGUACUGGCGCCGCUGGCUCCUUCAAGCUCAGCAAAAAGGCUGUUCCUGCGCCCACUAAGGGCAGGGUCAAGAAGACCGCUUCUGCAAAGACCAGGGAGGUGGUUUUGUCCAGAGACUCCAAGUCUCCAAACAGGGCUACGACUGAUAAGCGAGCCAGGAAACCAGGGACAGCAGCAGUUCAGAAACCUGCCAGGAGCAGUAGCAAGUCUAAAGGAGCCAAGAGCAAGCAACAACUCAAGAGUCCUGCAAAAAGCAGAACAGCGAUGGGCAGGAGGUCAAAAUCGACCCAGCGAAAAACAAACCGUAGGAAGGUGGUGUCUGAGAAGUAA